GUAAGCGCGUGCUCGGAUCUGGCUGAGCACGUGGGAGUGUUUUUUAACAUAGAAAAAAGUAUAUAUACAUAUAUAUAUAUAUAUAUAUGUGUGUGUGUGUGUAUAUAUAUACACACACAUAUAUAUAUUUAUAUAAAUGUAUAUGAAAUAAUUCAUGGUUUGUACGCAGAUGCAGAGGACAGCAAAAAAGCGUCACAUCUGGUUGGAUAUAUCUUUUUGUUUUUGUUUUGUUUUUUCCUCAUGACCACCAAUGAUCAUCAGGAUACUUCAUUGACGAGAGCGAAGGCGCAGAUGAAAGCCAAGUGAUCAACGCACACUAGGCUCUGCAGACCUUCCCGUCAAUCAACGGUUUAACCGGAGCAGAGUCACGCCAUUUGCGUCCAGCUCUAAACAGUCCCACCAUUUCCUUCUCGUGUUUGUGUCCGUGAGCGUUUCAAAACUGUUUCUCCAACGCUUUUUCCAGAAACUCAGACUGUUUUGUAAAGCAGAAACAGCACAGCCCUCCCAGACAGAGGUGAUGGGAACUGUGCGGGGUAACCGCUACAGCAUUGUGUCAUCAGAAGAGGACGGGAUGAAGUUAGCCACUAUGGCAGUGCAAAACGGUUAUGGGAACGGGAAGAGCAAGGUGCACACUCGGCAUCAGCCCCAGAGCAGGUUCGUCAAGAAGGACGGACACUGCAAUGUACAGUUCAUCAACGUCAGUGAGAAGGGUCAGCGCUAUUUAGCUGACAUUUUUACCACUUGUGUGGACAUUCGCUGGCGCUGGAUGCUGGUUAUCUUCUGCUUGGCAUUCCUGCUCUCAUGGUUAUUUUUCGGAUGUAUCUUCUGGCUGGUGGCCAUCUUUCACGGAGACCUGGAAGGCAACAGCCCGAAAUGCGUUUCGAACGUGAGCAGCUUUACUGCAGCUUUUCUUUUCUCCAUCGAGACACAGACCACCAUUGGCUACGGCUAUCGAUAUGUGACGGAUGAGUGUCCUAUUGCUGUCUUCAUGGUGGUCUUUCAGAGCAUUGUAGGCUGCAUCAUUGACGCAUUCAUCAUCGGUGCAGUCAUGGCCAAAAUGGCCAAGCCGAAGAAGCGGAACGAGACGCUGGUGUUCAGCCACAAUGCUACUGUGGCCAUGAGGGACAACAAGCUGUGUCUAAUGUGGAGGGUUGGCAACUUGCGCAAAAGCCAUCUGGUAGAGGCCCAUGUUCGGGCUCAGCUCCUUAGAUCUCGUACCACAGUAGAGGGGGAAUACAUCCCUUUGGACCAAAUAGACAUUGACGUGGGCUUCGAUAGUGGCAUUGACCGUAUCUUCUUGGUUUCUCCAAUAACCAUCGUUCAUGAAAUUGACGAGGACAGCCCAUUUUAUGACAUGAGCAAACAGGAGCUCGACAGUACGGAGUUUGAGAUUGUGGUCAUCUUGGAAGGCAUGGUGGAAGCGACAGCCAUGACAACUCAGUGCCGUAGCUCAUAUCUGGCCAGCGAGGUCCUCUGGGGCCACCGAUUCGAGCCGGUUCUGUUUGAGGAGAAAAACUACUACAAAGUGGACUAUUCACGUUUUCACAAGACCUAUGAGGUGCCCAGCACCCCACUGUGCAGCGCCAGGGACCUUGCAGAAAAGAAAUACAUUCUUUCCAAUUCUAAUUCCUUCUGUUACGAGAAUGAGGUGGUGCUGCCGAACAAAGAGGAAAAGGAGGAAGGAGACGGGGGUGGACUGGUGCCCACAAGCACACACACUGACACCGGCUCAGACUCUGACCACAGUCAAGCCAGUGUUCCCUUAGAGUCACGGCCACUGAGACGGGAAUCAGAAAUAUGACCGUAAAAGCCUCGUGUGAAAAGUCCAGCAGUUGCCUGUUGAUCAGAUGGGCACAUUGAGCUGAACUGAGGUCCUGAGGGGACGCAGACUUAAGGUGACGGUACAGCUGCAAGGAGAGGUUAAGAGAUGAACUAAACAAGAGUGUUUAUGAUGAAUAUAUCCAGUUUAUAAAGAGGCAUUGCACUGAAAACAAGUGCACAUAAAGGGGGUGGGUGGGUUUAUCCAGUUAUGCAACACUACCUUUUAGUCCAUUGCUCUUUCGAUGGCACACAGUGGAAAGGAUGUAACUGCUAUGAAAAACUUGAAAAUAUCAGGCAUGUCUUCCUGUGCAUUUGCCAGCUGUGACAGUCGAAUGAAUAGGCUUCAAAAAGGGUGUUAUAUUAACGCACGAAUGAUCUCAAAUCACGUCGGUAUGUUUUGGAGAAAACAUACAAUAAUGUGUGCACGGUUACUUUAAUUUAUGGCUUGUAUGACAUAGCCAAGCAUCUCCAGUGUAGAAAACCUUUCCAGAUAGUAACCUAACAAAAGCUUAAUGCCAGUACAGACAGGUGUUUAUAGAUUUUAUAGAUAAGUGCCUGUAUUUAUAGGGUCCUAACAUGUCAUAUUGAUAUACAAUCGUUUUAACGUAAUAUUAAACAUUGGCAAAUUGAAUGUUUAACGUAUUACUGUUUGUUCCACUUAUUGUUAUUCCAAAGACCUCAGUUGGGGCCAUGCAGUAGGUAUCCCUGAAAUAGUCCUGUUGGGGACUUUUGAUUAGAUUUGUGUGUGACCUGUGGCCACAAUACAAACAGUUUACUUGCCAUUAAUGUAACGACUAGUUUGCUCUGCGUGGGUCAUUUGGGCUUAAUUGCAGGCUUUGCAGCAGGUUUAGGAGCUGGGGGAAAUGCAAGGAACAUGCCUGUUUACAGUGGUAACUCCCACAGGGUCAGACCAGUGUCAAAGCCAGACACAGCAGUCAUCCCAUCCACUGGGGAAGAGAGGGUGAGAAUGCGCUAAUGAAUGUUUUUCCAUACAUGCUGCUAUGUUGCAUCUUCUAAUAAGGUUUGGAGAAGACUGAAAUGUUCUAAAGAGUAUUCUAAACAAGGCAUCAGAUUAUUUUAAAGAGAUUAGACAUAGGUCUAUAGGACAAAAAUAUUUGGAUGGGGUUUUGGUUUUGUUUGUUUUUGCAGUACACAUGCUUUAUAUUAUCAGAUGGUUUUUCAUAUUCAAAGCCAAAUGUUUUUUUUUUUUUAAGGAAAAUAUCACAGAGAUCAUAGAAAUCAAGAGGCUACAGGGUAGCCCCGUGACAACUCCUUAUUCCCAAAACUCCAGUGUUAUCUAUUAUAUUUUAGUGCUGCAUAAGUAAGUGUUUCGAAAGUUGCUAGAAAUGUGUAGAUUUGCAUACGAGCAACUUGUCUAAAUUAAAAUAUCUAUUUUUUUACAAAAAAAAAAAAAAAGGAAUGAAAUGUUUAUGUACAACUGCACUGUAUUAUGGCCUUGAGAUUUGAGGUAGCUGAUUUUUUUUUUUUUGUAGAAUUGGAUAGAAACAGCACUGUUAGAGAUGUUCUUACCCCUACUACAACAUUUAGGUUUGUUGAAUUCAAAGGCAUUUUAGACAGCAUUAGCACUAGCGUCUAGCUUUACCUAACGAGCUGCAGUUGAACUCUGAUGGCUCGUUUGUUACAUGCUACAUGGGUCACUGAAAGCUGCAGGACUGAAUAAUAA